UGUGUGCGCCGCGGUCCACGAAGCCAACCAACCCUGGUCUAAAAAAAAAGAAGCCAACCAACCCCCGCCGCACUGCAGUGCACUGAUUGCGUACUGGAUUCUUCUCGGCCCUGACCAAACCUCACCAUCGGAGCGGCCGCCGCCGGCGAGAGUGGGGGAUGGCGACGGCCUCCGCCUUCGCCGCUGUCUUCUUUAGCAGCGCCUUCGCCGCCUGCUUCGCUGAGGUGUGCACCAUUCCUUUGGACACAGCCAAAGUGCGCCUUCAGCUGCAAAGGAAGGCACCCCAGUCACUGCCACCUGCUGCUGCAGCCACAGGGGCAGGAUGGGCUGCCAGUGCUGGAGGAACGCUGGCCACAAUCCUGUCUAUCGCCAGGGACGAAGGGGUGGCUGCACUCUGGAAGGGAAUCAUCCCUGGCCUUCACCGACAGUUCCUCUAUGGUGGCCUCCGCGUCGGCUUGUAUGAGCCUGUCAAAGCUUUCUUCGUCGGGGGUACUGCUGUGGGUGAUGUCAGUUUAAUAAGCAAGAUUCUUGCUGCUCUCACCACUGGUGUCAUAGCAAUUGUUGUGGCAAAUCCAACUGAUCUUGUCAAAGUUAGAUUGCAAGCUGAUGGAAAGGCUAACACUGUAAAGAGGAACUAUUCUGGAGCCCUUAAUGCAUAUGCUACUAUAAUCCGACAGGAAGGUAUUGGAGCUUUGUGGACUGGCCUUGGUCCAAAUGUUGCACGCAAUGCCAUAAUUAAUGCUGCUGAGUUGGCCAGCUACGACGAAUUCAAACAGAUGUUUCUAAAACUUCCUGGGUUUACUGAUAACGUUUUUACCCAUCUUUUAGCUGGACUUGGUGCUGGGUUUUUUGCUGUUUGCAUUGGCUCUCCAGUGGAUGUGGUGAAAUCAAGAAUGAUGGGUGAUUCAACGUACAGAAGUACACUUGAUUGUUUUGCGAAGACACUAAAGAAUGAUGGACCUGGUGCUUUCUACAAGGGGUUCAUCGCAAACUUUUGUCGGAUUGGGUCGUGGAAUGUGAUAAUGUUCCUAACUCUAGAGCAGGUUAGAAGAUUGUUUCUGUAAUGUUGACGCCAGCAAUAGGGGUUAUGCGGGACAAGUGGAUGAUGACAUACAUGGCCAGCAUUAUAUAUAUACAUGGUUUAAUGAUGAUUUAAGGAAAAAGCUACAGGGUCCCAUGUUGUCAACCAACGGAGAGGCAGCCAUGCCAUACUACACCCACAUCUGUCUGUCAUUUAGAUUACAUAGGACAAUACGCUCUCAUUCUCAUGCUGUAUUUUGAUUAUUGCAAGUUGUAAUCUCGUAUCACAGAUCGAUUAUGAACCACUCAGUGUCGAUAUAUUGUAGAGAGCAACAGACAAGUACGUGUCACUAAGUUUACGCAUUCAGAUGUAUGUGAAAAACCAUAAGGAUUGCA